AUGAAUAUAAUAUCUAUAUGGACAGAAGAUCUUGUAUAUGCAAGAUAUUUAGCAACAGUUUUAAAUAGAGACAUUAUAUUUGUAAAUGUGCAUAUGGAUCUCUAUGGUGGGGACAUACUUUUACCAUAUGUAAAAGUAUUUGGCAAAAUAUAUGAAGGAUUUAAGCUUACUUUCAAUGAUAAUUCGAUACAAAUACCAAGUGCAAAUGAAGUAAACCUCUUACAUGUUCCUAAUAAGGAAUCUAUGCCAAUCUGUAAUUUAUUUUAUGACGGCAAAUGGCACAAACCCGUAAAAAACAUAUAUUGGAACCGUAAUAAUAUGUUAUGGGCAAAUGCGACAAAAGAUGAUAUUAAGAUCUGUUUUAAUUCCGCUAUAGAAGGAUUCAAGAUUUGGAAAACUUGGUCAAUUGCGAAUAGAAUAGACGUGUUAUCUCAAAUGAUAACAAUACUAAAUUGUAAUAGUAAAUUUUCAAAAAACGCAAAAUUGACUGUGUUCUCCAACUUCACUCGAGCAUGGUUACUUUGUUCUCAAAAUGAUAGAUUAGAAGUAAUCCAAAGUCGUAUUCCAAGAGGUGUUAUCAUUCUUAAAGAGAGAUCUGAAGAAAUUUUGAUUCUUCGAUUGAUACAAAUUUUAAUUUCCGGCAAUUCUGUUAUUGUAAUAGCUGAUAAACAUUCUUGUAAUUUGACACCUUAUUGCGAUAUCUUUUCAACAUCUAAGAUACCAAGAGGCGUUAUAAAUUUCUUGUUUAAUCAAAAUACAAAGGAUUUAGAAUUAAGUUUAUGUGCAACAGAUUAUGUAAACUAUGAAAAACAGUUGUUCACAUCUAACUUCGAAAAAAUCAACGAUUUAAAAAAUAAGAAAUAG